CUUACUGAGGGAGGGAACCCGCUAGUCUUCCUCCUCCUCCUCCUCCUCCUCCUCGCGCUUCCAAGCAGCGCUGGGAAGUGCUGUCAGGCGAGCGUUUGCAGAGCCUCGUAGGUAAUUCUGAAGAGGAAGGAGAAAGUCCAAUCUACUGAGCUUUGGAAAGACACCUCUAAACAUUAAAGCGCAACCAUGGAGAAAUACAGUGUGCUAAUGGUACUUGGAGAAGGAUCGUUUGGGAGAGUCUUUUUGGUCCAUCAUAAAAACAAAAAUCAGAAAUAUGCAAUGAAGGAAAUAAGACUUCCCAAGUCUAUCUUUGACACAGAGAAGUCCUGGAAUGAAUCGAUUCUGUUAGCUAAAAUGAAGCAUCCAAAUAUUGUCACCUAUUUGGAAUCAUUUGAAGGUGAUGGACAUCUUUAUAUAGUAAUGGAAUAUUGUGACGAUGGAGAUCUAAUGCAAAAGAUUAAACUUCAGAAGGGAAAGUUGUUUCCUGAAGAUAUGAUCCUUAAUUGGUUUGCACAGAUAUGCCUCGGUGUGAGAUACAUUCAUGACAAACGUGUAUUACACAGAGACAUUAAAUCCAAGAACAUAUUUCUCACACAAAAUGGGAAAGUAAAACUGGGAGACUUUGGGUCUGCACUUCUUCUUUCCAGCCCAAAGGCAUAUGCUUGUUCAUAUGUGGGAACCCCUUAUUAUGUGCCUCCAGAAAUUUGGGAAAACACACCCUACAACAAUAAAAGUGAUAUAUGGUCUCUGGGAUGCAUUUUAUAUGAGCUGUGCACUCUGAAACAUCCAUUUCAAGCCAAUAGUUGGAAACAUCUUAUUCUUAAGAUAUGUAAAGGAUACUACAAUCCACUUCCAUCUCACUAUACUUACGAACUUCACUAUUUGAUAAAACAAAUGUUUAAAAAGAAUCCCAAGAACCGUCCAUCGGCUAGCACAAUUCUUGCGAGAAGCUGCCUGGCAAAGCGUAUCAGAAAUUUUGCUUCAGCAGAGGAAGAAGAGAAAUCUACAAGGAGCAAGAGCAGUCAUUCAGAAGCAGAGGUCAUUGCCAAGGGUUUCUGUGAAAUGGGAUUAGAGAAAACAGGAAAGUAUGAUGUGUCCCUGGAAGCUGUUUUACCAAACCCUCACAGACGACAGUGGGAAAAGGGAAGAUCCAGUACUGUUAUCAACAUUCUGGAAAAUGCAUCUUUAUGUUCUUCCAGUAUUACAACUGAGGAGGAUACAAGUGGUUAUGUAAGAAAAUAUGAAAAUAUCAGACGUAAGCAGUGGACCAAAGAACCUCCUGAAACACUUAUGAAUAUUCUUCAGAAUGCUGAUAUUAGUUUAGCUUUUAAAACAUACACAAUCUACAAAGCAGAUGACCUACUGAGAGGGCCACUUACCGAAGAGAAGAAAGCAUCUGAUGAACCAGAUGGUGAAACUAUUUCAGAGGAUGCAGAGCAACUUGAAUCUAGAUCAGAUGAGGAAGACACGGAUUUUGAAGCAGAAGAUGAUCCAGACUGGGUCUUUGAGUUAAAAAGGAUGACCAAAGUGGAGUGACUGAAUAACUGAAUAAUGGAACUGAAGAAAUUAGUACCAUCAGAUAUCCAGAAGUCUUGAUGCAAAAAUGUUGGUGAACAAUUUGAAAGUCCUGUAUAAGCAUACCAAUGCAUGCAGUGAUUACAGUAUGGGUGAAAUUCUUUGGACCAACAACAGUGUACUGAUUUUAAGUGCUGAAAUAGCACUUUAGGAACCAAUGUGAACAUUCUUCUGUAAUGUAUUUCCUAAAAAUAUUGAAGUGUACACUUCUUAUAUGAAAGCAAAAAUAA